UCACACAAGGAAAGACGAUUUGUACAUUAAGAUGUCUCAACAUCAACACGGGAGACUGGAGAGAGGGCAGGAGACCAAACAGGAGAAAGAACAACCAUUCAAUCAACCUUUGAAUAAAAAGAAAAGUGAUCAGGGUGCUAUUGCCAGUCCCUGGGUGAAACAAAGGCUACAGCAGUUUAUUCUUAAUAGGCAGGACCAGGUUGCAAUUCCAGAUAUUGUCCUGUCUGCAUUUCCUAGGAAACCCAAACUGGAUUUGAAUCAAUCCGAGUCUAUAUCCAAGACAUAUUAUUCUGAUUGUUUUGGGGAGGACAAUCCAUUAAGAAGAACAGUCUCUGAGCCAAUUCUGAAAGUGAGACGAAAGAGGAGUUUAACCGGCAGACAGAAUCCUCUGCAGCGUAAGACCAGUGCGCCCCCUGCUGUCAGAGCACCUGACACUAUGGGUGUAGCACCCAGUUCUUCUUCAGUACCUAAGAGGAGUACGGCAGCAGAUAAUAAAACACAGAACUAUGGCCCGCCACAGUCACAUGAGGCAGAACCUCCGCCAUGCAUUGCCCUUCAGAACCCCAUGUUCAUGUCUGUCAUGACGCAGACUUGGCCUGCCCCUCAGAUGCAGCUGUUAACAGUGCCUUCAAAUUGUCUUACAGUUUCUGUGCCUCCAGUGAUGUCUCAUAGGAUGUUGCAUAAAACCAAGUCGGCGCCUUCUUACAUCUCAUACACAUACACAGAGACUACUGCAGUUACACACCCCAUAUAUGACCAGCACCAGACCUUUUGUCUACAGGACAGAAUCCAGCAACACACUGUUUCUAAAAAGGUACCAUUUCACAAAAUGUGGCACAGUUGUUCAGAAGAGCUUUUUGACAAAGAGAGACCGCUGGGCAGUGAGAGUUACAGAGAGAGAGCAAAAGAUGGAGGACACAAUCCGUUUGAAUCAACUGAUAAAAGUUACUACAAUCAGAUGGGACCUGACUCUGAAGAAGAUAGUCACCGACCAAUAAGAUGUCCUCAGCGGCGCCUUAAUAGAUCUUUGCCCCCGCACUUCAGCUGUCCCACAAUUGUCACAAGCCUAUCCCAGAGUAUCAUGAACAAACCAAACUACACCACAGGCUUGGUGUAUGACUCUCAGAUGCUGAAACACGAGUGUGACUGUGGGGAUAAUAGCAAGCACCCUGAGCAUGCUGGCAGGAUUAAGAGUAUCUGGUCAAGACUGCAUGAGUGUGGCCUUCAGAAACAAUGUGAGUUGGUUAGGGGCAGGAUGGCAACUAUUGAGGAACUAAAGUCAGUCCAUUCAAAGGAUCAUGUUAUUAUUUUCACGGAGCACUCAGACCACAUGGAGACGUUUCAGACACAACCAUGUGGAGGAAAGGGGAGGCAUCGGGAUAUGGUAUGGAACAGCUUGUCCAGUUCACCAGCACUUAAAAUGGCAGUCGGCAGUGUGAUCGAGCUGGCCUUGCGUGUUGCUCAUGGAGAGCUGAGGAAUGGGUUUGCUGUGGUUAGACCUCCAGGACUCCAUGCAGCACAAUCUCAGACAGUAGGCUUCAGUGUGUUUAACUCUGUUGCUAUUGCCGCUAAACAACUGCAGCACAGAUUAAAUAUGAAAAAGAUUCUUAUAGUGGAUUGGGAUAUUCAUCAUGGUUGUGGAACUGAGGAAAUAUUUUACACAGAUCCUAGUGUGCUCUAUAUUUCUCUGCAUCGCUACGACGACGCUACUUUCUUCCCUGGUACUGGAGGACCUAACCUGGUAGGAGAUGGGGAAGGGACAGGCUAUAAUGUAAAUGUGGCUUGGUCUGGAGGGCUUAAUCCUCCAAUGGGAGAUGCAGAAUAUUUAGCUGCAUUCAGAACAAUAGUUAUGCCAAUUGCUCGUGAAUUUUCACCCAAUGUGGUCCUGGUUUCAGCUGGUUUUGAUGCUGCUGAUGGUCAUUCCCCUGCUCUAGGCGGAUACAAAGUGUCAGCUAAAUGUUUUGGAUUCCUGACCAGAAAGUUAAUGGAGCUGGCUGAAGGUCGGGUUGUAUUGGUCUUAGAGGGAGGUUAUGACCUCUCAACUCUCUGUGAUGCCUCACAGGCCUGUGUCGGUGCUCUUUUGGGAAAUGAGCUUGAGCCUUUAACUGAGGAAGAGUUAUUGAGAAGGCCCUGUGAUAGUGCAGUCAGGUCUCUUGAGGAGUUACUUCAUGUACAGAGCCAAUACUGGGGCUCAUUAAAAUCUAUGUUAGAGUCUGUUGCCCUGCCAUAUGUUACAGCAGAGUCGAAAUACUCGGCAGACAGUGACGCUGCUUCUGCUAUGGGUGGCCUCACUAUGACUGUUCCAAGCAGAAGAUGUUACCCAAAUGAGCCAAUGGAACACGACGAAGCUGAUUUUAUGACUGAUGUGGUUGAUUGCAGUGUUGUGGGAGACCGAAGACAAUCCUAAGAAACUGUAACCAAAUAAUAAUAAGCUUUCCCUGAGAAGCUUCACUGAUCAACAAGAUUUUACACAUACUGUAAAAUUUUAUCUAGUGAGAAAUUGAGAAUUCUGAGUCAUUUUAAUCUAAACUGAGAGGAUUUUGUAAUAAUAGCUUGUACAUAAUGUCACUGAAGGACUGAGAGGAAGUGAAAGUUUGUGAAACAUUGAGAAAUAUGUUUGUCCAACACAGAUCUUAAUAUGCAAGCAAAGCAAUUCAGUUUAACAUAAAGUGAUAGUUCGCCCAAAAAUAAAAACUGUCAUUAUUUACUCACCCUCUUGACAUUUCAAAUCUGUAUGACUUUCUUUUUUUCUUCCUUCCACAGAAUACAAAAGAAGUUAUUUUGAAAAAUGCCAUUAACUUGCAUUGUUUUUUGUUAACAUACUAUAAAUGUGAAUGGGGUCCAGUGCCAACUUCCUGCAAAAUAUUUGAUGUAUUGUGCGGAAGAAAGUUAUAUGGGUUUGAAAUAACAAGAGGGUGAUAAAAUGUUGACAGAAUUUUAAAUAGUUGGUGAUGCAGUUUUUUGAUGCCUGUUGGGAAAUUCAUAUUUACAAGUUUGUACGUUUUUUAAAUCAGUAUUUAUGAUAUUAGCAUACGGCAGACUAAUUGAAGCAUCGAAAACCUUCAGUGCUGCAUCCGUGUAUGUCUAAAGUAAGAAUGACUGUGUGGUUGCAUUCAUGUGCACUCAGCUCAAAUGUUAUUGUAUUUCAGACAUGAAUUUUGAUCUUUAUUUUCAAAUUUUUAAACAUUUUAAUGUUUACAUUGUGUUACUUGUUCAGAACAAUUGUGGAAAAUAUGUAAUGUUUUUGUGAAGCUAUUUUUCAUUUAUUUUCAACAACUGGAUAUUUUGAAUAAAAAUGUAUUUUAAUAAUAA